AUGUCGUUACAGAUACUUACAUUUGAGCGAACACUUUGUAUUGUAUUAACUAUUUGGACUGUUGGAUAUGCCUUAUCGUUACCUGUUGGCAUAUUUUCUGUGACUGUUAAAUAUUUUCCGUACUGCGGCAUCUUUUGCGAAGAAUUUUGGCCAGAUUCAACCGCAGAAGGUGGCUCACGGAUGGGGCGUAUUUACGGAAUGUCGGUGUUGACGCUACAGUUUGGUGUACCGGUAAUCAUUUGUACACUAUGUUACUGGACAAUCAGUCGAGUUAUUUCGCGGCAAAUUGAAAAACGAAAAGAGCAGCAAUUUCUGCUGAAAGAAAACGAGAAGAGGCUGCACGAUCGGAGAGCCCGGUCUAACAGAAUGAUGGUCUGUAUGGUACUAAGUUUUGUGCUCGCCUGGCUUCCGCUCAACCUCAUCAAUCUUUCACGCGAUUUCUACGGCGUUUCUUCGCUGUUUUCGAUACUGUUUGCUCUGUGCCACGUAAUUGCAAUGACAUCUGCUGUGUGGAAUCCGGUCAUCUACACUUGGUUUAAUCCUCAGCUGCGCACAACCAUCAAAGGGAUCCUGAAGAAAGCACCUCAUGACAUGCCUCUGCACCAGCGAAUAUGA